CGCGUUAUUGGGUUAGGGCAUGACGGAAGCACAAACAAUUCCUCCUCCUCUUUCGUUCUUAUCCAUCCGGUUCAAAGCACCAACAACAACAACAACCCUCUUCUUCUUCUUUUGAUAAAUUAAAUCAUUCAUCAACCAUGUCCUUUCAUCACCGAAGUUGAUUUCUUCUUCUUCGCCGCUUUUACUCUUCUAUUUCUUCAAUCGAUCAACAACAAAAAAAGAUGGAACCCAUGGACAUAGUUGCAAAAUCAAAGGAAGAUGCUUCGCUUCCUAAAGCCACCAUGACUAAAAUUAUUAAAGAGAUGUUACCACCAGAUGUGCGUGUUGCAAGAGAUACCCAGGAUUUGUUGAUUGAAUGCUGUGUAGAGUUCAUAAACCUUAUCUCAUCAGAGUCAAAUGAAGUAUGUAACAGAGAGGAAAGAAGGACGAUUGCUCCUGAGCACGUAUUGAAGGCUUUAGGGGUUCUUGGAUUUGGCGAGUACAUUGAGGAAGUUUAUGCAGCAUAUGAACAACACAAAAUGGAGACAGUGGACUCUAUAAAAGGUGCCAAGUGGAGCGGUGCAGCUGAGAUGACAGAGGAACAGGCAUUAGCAGAGCAGCAAAGGAUGUUUGCAGAGGCACGUGCUAGAAUGAAUGGAGGGACCAUAACUUCAAAUCAACCUGAUGCUGACCAAAGUUUAGAGAACUAACUUUAGAGUCUUUAUUUUCUUGAAGCAUAGGCAAGCAUCUCUGACUCUUCCCUAUGGUAAUUUAGAUCGAUUUUGCACAACUCAUUCACUACUUUGCUGGCCUAUUGUGAAUGUGCUCCUCAUUUGUGUACUAUUAGUGAUCCAUAUUUGUAAGUUAAUGUAAUUAAUUAAUGGAGUUCAUUCAAUCCCCUGUUUAUUUAGAA